AUGACGACUGACCAAGCAAAGACCAUUGGUAUCGUCGGCCUUGGAAACAUGGGUUUCUGGAUGGCAACCAAUCUAGCUGACAAGCUUCCAGCCAAUUCAAAGCUUCGGGUUUUUGAUAUCGUCCCAGCUCUCGUGGAUGAUCUUUGCGCCAACUAUCUGGAGAGGAUUGUGGGUUGCUCUGACCCGAAAGAUGUCGCAGACAAAUCCGAUAUCAUCAUCACCAUGCUGCCUGAGGGAAAGCACGUCAAGGCAGUUUACAUGGGACCAGAUGGAAUCUGCUCCAGCGACAUUGGCAAUAAGCUCCUUGUCGACUGCUCGACCAUUGACACCGCAAGCUUUCUGGAGAUCAAGGAGCAUAUCACCAAGAACUUUCCAUCCGCCUCUUUCUAUGAUGCCCCGGUGACUGGGGGCGUGAUCGGAGCGAAGAAAGGAACCAUUGCAUUCUUCCUCGGCUGUGCCAAAGAUAGCACCAAGGACAUGGACGAGCUCAAGCAACUCUUCAGUCUGAUGGGUAACAAAGUUAUUCCAUGUGGCGGUCCCUCCCUCGGACUCGCAGCUAAACUUUCCAACAACUAUUUGUCCGGUAUCAUCGCCAUUGCCUGCUCAGAGGCCAUGGACAUGGGAAUGAAAUCCGGAGUGGACCCACGCGUCCUGGCUCAGGUUUUUGCAGCAGGCACUGCCCAAAACGCAAUCUGCGACCGUUUCAACCCUGUUCCUGGAAUUCAUCCUGAUGCGCCAUCCUCUAACGGAUACCAGCACGGAUUCAAAGUCCAGCUUAUGAGGAAGGACAUGUCGUUGGCUCUGGAUAUGGCUCGUCGUGUUGAAUCAACCAAUGUGCUGGGAGAUGCAGGCUUGAAGACUUACAAAGAGGCUAGCGAGGAUGAGCGCUGCAAGGACUUGGACUCGCGCAUUGUGUUCCGGUACUUGGGUGGAAACGAGAACUGGCAGGCUGAACAUGAGAACGGAAACUGA